GUUGAAGGUGGGUGCAGUGCGACGAAUCUCCAGCAGGUGGCGGUAACAACAAUAAAAAUGUCAGCUGCCGUAAAAUAAAAAUGGAGAAGAAGAGGGCUUUGACAACAAAUCGACUUCCCCAUGUAGCGUUAGCGUUAACUAACCCAACUGAUUGUUUUGAAUAUUUUACGUUCAAUCGAAAUGUAUAUCUUAUUGAGAGGAGACGUUUUGUAGCUUCAGCUGGAUAACUAACGUUACCUCAGUCCCAUCUUUGUCAUUCAGUUUCUACCAAUACUAGCCAACUGUUGCUGGGUAGCUAGCUAGCUGGAUCACAGCAGCUAACCUCAGCUAGCGUUACUAACAUUUUUAAAAACGGUGUGAGAAGAUGGACUCAAGUGUCUUCACGGCUAUUUCUAAAGGUGACCCCUUACCUCUGGCGUCGCUGCGCCUCCUGGUCCCACCUUUCCAGCUUAUGGCAGCCUCCAUGUGGCAGGUUCUGAGGAAACAAGAUGUCUUGAACUACUGGAAAGUGGCAGAGUUUGUCUCUUUGGUGAUGGACAUGGUCCCAGAGCUGCUAAUGUACAAGCAUGGGACGCAACUUAAUUUGGGAUUGAGAGCCAGGUAUAUUCUUGAGUUGUGCCGAAGUGGACAGCCCGUGGAGUCGGACUUCAUCAUGUCCAUCUUGAACCACAUUAAACCGCGACACCCCAUCCUGAAUGAUAUUAAAGAAACACAAGAAGAGGAAGUAGCGGUUAAUUUUCUUGAGCUGAUCCAGACUCUGCUCAAAGAUCCCGAAGAGAGACACGAUUUUUUCUUGGAGGUCUUCCCUGCUGAGUAUGGGCCUCAGUAUGACAGCGACUUGCAGAUGCUGUUUUGGGAGUUCCUCUGUCGACUGGCUCAGCUGUUGCCAGUUCCUGACCUCCAGCAGACUGUUUCCUGGCUUGGAGCCGAACGCUCUGUGUUGGAGGAUUGUGUGCAUUCAGUCUCGGAGCCUACGGACCUGAACAUUUUGCUCCAGCACCACAAACACCUCGGGCUUUUGGAGCAGCACGUUCCACCCUCUAGCAUGGGCGACAGCAUCCUGUCCUCCCUCUCCGCAGCUCCGUCCAGCAGAGCGGCCAGACCCACGGAACAACCCGACCAAUCGGAUACACAGCAAGGCCUCUGCGAUGACGCACACACCGCAUCAUUCGUGGAUGACAUAGCGGUUGAAAUCGUCGCAGUGACCGACUACGCAGAGGUGGAGUUAGACGCAAGCACCGGCAUCGAGGUGGCAAUGGGAGAAAACUGCUUUGAAGGAACGGACGUCUGCGCCGACGAUUCGCUGGUAGUGCUUCCUGAAGAGGCGGCCAUGGAGGAAGAAGUGGGUGAAGCAGGGGAAGAGGCAACCCAGGAUAAAGCCGCGAGCGGUUCGGCCGACAUCAUCCAUCCAGAGGUUAGUGCGGACGACUUGGCGUCCUCCCAAGAAAAAGUCUCCACGGGACCUCAUGACUGCCCGGACUGCGAGAAGAAAUUCAAGUUUGCCUCCUCGCUGAUCGCCCACAGGGUCAUCCACACCGGGGAGCGCCCCCACCGGUGCAACGACUGUGGUCGCUGCUUCUCGUUCAGGCAGUCCCUCGACAGACACAGGCACACGCACAGUACCGGACGCAAGUACAGCUGCGUCGUCUGCAGGGAGACCUUCCACUCCUUGUCUGCCCGCACAGAGCACAAGCUCACGCACAUGGAAGAUGGCGUUUACGCGUGUCAUCGGUGCGACAAGAAAUUUAACUGGGAGCUGGCGCUUGCAAGGCAUCUAAAAACUCACGCUGAUGAUCACAACGCCAGCAUGCCCACAGCGAGCCGUGAGGAUGGGCAAGAGGCGGUUAUAGGUGAUGAAAAUAUCAGCGAAGCUCCCGUUGCACCUGCCGAACCCGACAGCCAGCUGCAGGCGGAUGAUGAUGAUGAUGAUGAUGUUGAUCAAGAUCCGGAGAACGCAGAGGUUCAGAGCUGUGAGCGUCCCACCUCUGAGCCUGAAUGCACCGUGCCCGAACUUGACACGGAGGUCGUUUCCCCGGUGAAGGUUCGAACGAGUGGGCGAAAACGCAAACCGACCAUGAAGAUCCAGGUGAUAAAUUUACAGAAGCGCAUGGGCACUAAACGAAGGAAGGAGAUUACCAAGGCCAACCCUCUAGAGCUGAAGCCUUUGCCCUUCCAUUGUGCAGAGCAUUCUUAUGGCUCGCCCGUCGUCUCUGCAAAGGACGGUGAAGAGAGUUUUGUUGCAGAUGGCUCAUCAGCUGCUUUCUCCUGUCCUAAGUGCUGCUGCCACCACUCGGAGGAAUCCCAGGUCCAGCAGCACAUUGACACGGUCCACUCCCUUGAGACCGAGGAUGACGAGCCGUCCUCUCGACCCCUUGCAGAUGAGGAGGGCCGCUUCAGCUGCCCAGACUGUGAGAAGAGCUUCAAGUUCCAGUCCUUACUGAAAGCCCACCAGCGCAUCCACACAGGCGAGCAGCCCUUCCUGUGCUCUCAGUGCGGACGGCGGUUCUCCUUCAAACAGUCGCUGGAGAGGCACAGGCAGACGCACAAAACCGGGCGCAAGUAUGAGUGCCUGAUCUGCGGGGAGUUCUUCAAGUCCCUGGCAGCUCAGAGGGAGCACAAGAGCACACACAUGGAGAACGGCGAGUACCUGUGUUCGGAGUGCGGCCGGGCGUUCGCCUGGAAGUCCGCACUGGUGAGACACCUGAAGACCCACGGCGAGGAUGCGGAGAAGGUGGGGCGUCCUUACAAAUGCCCCCGCUGUGACCUGGGCUUCAGCUGUGCCAGCUACCUCAACAGGCACCUCCAGACUCACCAGGAAGAGAGAGUGCACACCUGCAACUGCGGGAAGAGCUUCGCCUACCGGGCGGCCCUCACUGCGCACCAGCGCAUCCACCAGAAGGAGCGGCCGCACACGUGCACACAGUGCGGCAAGGGAUUCCUCUACAAGGGGGGUUUGCUGAGCCACAUGAAGAUCCACUCCGAGGAGAUGCCCUUCAUGUGUUCUUUCUGCGGCAAGAGCUUCAAGAGGGAGCGCAACAUGAAGAAGCACGAGCGCUGCCACACCCGGGAGGACGUCUUCAGCUGCUCGCAGUGCGACAAGAGCUUCGUCUACAAGGCCACCCUGAUCCGCCACGAGCUGACUCAUUCGGGCGAGCGGCCGUACCUCUGCUCCGACUGCGGGAAGGGCUUCUUCUCCCAUGCAGAGCUCCUGAAGCACGAGCGUUUCCACACGGGCCACAAGCCCUUCCAGUGCCCCGACUGUGGCAAGAAGUUCACUCAGUCCUGCUACCUGACCAUCCACCUGCGCUACCACACGGGAGUCCGGCCGUACUCCUGCGGCGAGUGCGACAAGAGCUUCCUAAGUGCCAACCGUCUGAAGAGACACCAGCGAACGCAUUCGGGGGAAAAACCGUACCUCUGCGUGGAAUGCGGGAAGGGAUUCAGGCAAUCAUAUAAUCUCAAAAUGCAUCAACGGACACACACUAUGAAGAAUAAAUAGUCGAGACUUUAACUAUUGAUCUGGAGAUUAAUAUUUUGAAAAUUGAAAUAUUAUAGUUUAGAGUGGGACAAAAUCUCCUAUGCAAUUGGAGUGAACAGUUUCUAGUAUAGAAACUUGCUCUAGGAAGAGGUUCAUGUUGAAUGUUUUCCAUACACUGAAUGAAUUUGAUUCCCAGGUUGUGUUGCGAUUAAAGCAGUGUUUUUCAGAUGCAAUUCUUUUUUCGUCAUCUAGUCUUCAAAUAAUGAACAAAAGGAAGGUACAUAAAUCCAGUAUUUUAUUGUGGACAUGUUCUACAACAGACACUGCAUUGGAAAAAGAGGCUUAAAACAAACAAUACAUAUUCUUAUGAGCAGUGGUUUUAAAUUCAGACAACAAACACGUACUGCAGGCUCUGUGACAUGGAGGCUUUCCUCAGAUCAGCAGUAGUACAGACAACAGACAGCUCCACAGCCAGUCGUGGGUCAUUGUUGAAAAAUCGGGAUAGACAUCGUACACCACUGGGUUUACUGACAAGCUUCAGGAUAAACGGCAGUAUGAAUUGUGCUUGUCAUUUAAUGGCAGUUUAAUUUGAAAACAAACCCUUAAAAGUACUAGACAAACUACGCUACUGCAGAGCCGGAAAGGUAGCACUAUGAAACCAGUGAGGGCUAUGUAAAGCCCUGGUCAGAAGGUGACCUACACGGCCAUGUGCAGAGUGAUGGGGCAGUGGUCGCUUCCCAGGGACUUGUUGCGGAUCUUGCUGUCGCACAGGCCCGGCAGCAGGCUGGACGACAGCAGGAAGUAGUCGAGCCUCCAGCCCACGUUCUUUCCACGGGAGUUCAUCAUGUAGGUCCAGAAGGUGUAGGCGUUGGCCUGCUCCGGGUAGAGCUCGCGGAAGCUGUCGGUGAAACCGGACUCCAGCAGCUGGCUGAUGCCCUCGCGCUCCUCUGGGGUGAAUCCUGCGCUUCUCUUGUUCCCCUUCGGGUUCUUCAGGUCGAUAUCCUGGUGUGCGACGUUGAGGUCGCCGCACAGCACCACGGGCUUCUGCAUGUCCAGCUCGCUCAGGUACGCCCGGAAGUCCACGUCCCACGUUUUUCGGUAAUCUAGGCGCACAAGGCCUCUGCCGGAGUUCGGCACGUAGGCGGUCACCAGGUAGAAGCUGGGGAACUCGGCGGUGAUGACGCGGCCCUCCUUGUCAUGCUCUUCUUUGCCUGGAGCGUUUGGAAGGUAAGGUGCAGUUAAGAAUGGAAUGUCUUCACCAGGAUUCAAAGUUCAAUAACUUAUUGUGUAGGUUUGUGUUCACAAAAAAAUUGUAGGGUAAUAAAAAAAACUCAAUUCACUCAGUUCUGACAAUAUGCUCAUUCCUUUUCUUGAGACGUGUACAGUAAAUGUGAAGCUAAAGUCAGCAGCCACUUAGCUUAGCAUAAAAACUAGAAACUGUAGAUGUACUUAAAAAAAAUAAUCAAAUCUCUUUUCAUGCAAUUUCCAAACGCUUAAAAGUGAAUCAAUUUGAAGCUGUACUUCACAAAUGUGCUUUACAAAAUGAUGCCCUAGAAUCUAAACUAGUAUUGUUGUCAUUUACAGCCACCAGUGCAGGUUCAAUGACAGUGUGCUAUACAGGCCCAGUAGAAGACACCACUCACCAAUGCCAUAGGUGACUUUGAGGGGUUCAGUCUUGCACAGCAUAGCCACACCACUGUAACCCUCCUUCUCAUCGGACACGGCCCAGUACUUGUGAGGGUACUCUGGCAUCGAGGUGAUGGCAGCGGGGAGGGAUUUCUCUGCACACUUUGUCUCCUGCAGGCACAAAACAUCUGGAGCCUCCUCACGCACCCACUGGGAGGAAGAACACAAGCAUUGGACCGUUAAAACUGUUCUCAGAACUUAACUUGGCAAAUCACUCACGUUGCCUUCGGUCACCGCAAACGCACAUCCAGGCCGUUCUUUUUCACCCAGGCCCUCAGGCCGUCAACGUUCCAGGAGGUGAUCUUCAUGUUGGCGUCGCGUCCAUCUUUGCUGGUCAUUUUGUCAGGAGGAUCUUCGUACAAUAUCGGGGCCUCUGGUUCCUUAGCCUUCUUGGUUCUCUUUGCCGAAGCUGCGAGGUGAAAGACGCAUACGGGGUCAUGAA